AUGGAACUCAACCUCACUACGCCAACAUCAUGUUCCUCCAGCAGUAUCUCGUCAUCUUCGCAUGAAAUGAGUUUUUUAACCGAUACCAAAGGAAAAAUGAAAGAGAAGACUGCGGAUGGGCAAGCGACCGAGACUCCGAGGGUAGAGUUUCGCUUCUUGUUCAACAACGACAAUAUAAGAAACUCUGGUUUUGGAGUUUUAGAUGAGGCAGAAGGGACAAAGAACGAGGCUAAAGCGAGGGUAUUUGCUUGCACCUUCUGCAAGAAAGAGUUCUCUACUUCUCAAGCAUUAGGAGGACAUCAGAACGCUCACAAGCAAGAGCGAUCAUUGGCCAAAAGGCGUAAGGAGAUCGAAAUCAACUAUCCUGGGCACUCCUUCUACAGCCAGUACCCACCAAGUGGUGUUUCCAACAGCAACAGCUCACAGUAUGACCUUGGGGUUCGUUGCAAUCCCAACAUUGGUAAAUAUAAGGCCUAUCCCUUAAACAUCUUCAGAUGUCGAUUAGGGUACAGAGGGCUUAACAUUAAUUCCCAUGUCCCUCUCCUGUCUCAACUUUCGUGCCCAAACACAGACGAUGUUUCCAAAAAUUUGAUUUCAAACUUAGAAGGCAGCAUUCAUAUGAAUAAGGAGGGCCAAGGUCACAAAGAAGAUCAAUCGGACAGUGAUACUUGCAAGGAUACUGAGAUUGACUUGUCUCUGAAGCUGUAG